AUGGCCGGGUGGGAUGGCAGGGGCGCCCGCGACGGCGGCGGCGCAGUGCAGGAGGCGGUGUGCGCGGCGGUCGCGCGGCUGGCGCUGAUGCUGCCGCGCACGCCGGGCGGCAAGGACGGCGCGGGCGGCGGCGCCGGCGGCGUCGACUGGCGGAUGGUGCUGCUGGGCGGCGGGUGCGCCGUGUCGGCGGUGGCGGCCGUGUUCUUCUUCUGCAGGUCGUGGCGCCUCGGCGACGAGCUGCACCGCCGAGACCGCGAGCUGGCCAAGCUGGUGGUGCGCAUCAUGAGCCUGCAGGAGGUGCUGUCCACCUACCGCCGCCUGCCCGUCACGCGCUACACCCACCACACCACCAGCACCACCACGCACGCCGCGGUCACGGGCUUCGCGCACUCGAUGGCCUACCUCUGA